CCUAAUGAAGUGCGGCCUGGCACAUAAUUAUGCUGGUCGACUGGAGAGCUAGAGGCAAGGAGAGGCUAUUAUUGUAAUAAGAGGACUUGACAAGAACAGACACUUUCUGCAAACUUUCAGUGCUCUCAAACGAUGUUGAGAGUUCUUUCCCUUCUCCUGCUAGUUCAGCUGUGUGUUGCACAGCAGUUGGAGUGGCCCAAACAGUACACUGCCAAGGGUCAGAUCAUCCUGCCUUAUGGAGACAUUGUGGAACCCUUUACUGCCUAUGUUGACAUGAGUGGCAAGGGAAGGAGCAGGAUAGACUAUUAUGGAGAUACGGCUGUGAUACUCAACCUCGGUGACCAAGGUGACAAUGGAACCAUGUUCAAGAUAAUUCCCGAGACUACUAAAGAGUAUGUCAAUGUGAAGACUUGUGUCCAGCUGCCUGGGAUUAGCGUGGCACCUGUGAACCCCCAGGGUGUCCUCCCAGACAUGUCUAUGUAUAAGUAUGCGGCUGACUUUAUGUACAACGGUGUGAUGUCAGAGGUCUACAUGUCCAAUAACGCUGAGGAAGAGAAGAACAACAACUACACUCUCAUUGUCAGGAAGGAUAAUAAGAAUCCUAUUCUCCUUCGAUUUGUUGGUCUUGAUCGUCUCUUUGGCUCACACUACGAUGAGUACGUGAUCGAAUAUUCUGACUUUCAGACCACCGUGGAUGCUACUGUGUUUGACUACGCCAAGAAGUUCACCUGCAAGUCUCCGAGUAGUGUCGUGUUCCCUAUGACCGAGAACCCAAUGUUUGAAUUUGUGGGGGCGGGUGAAUACGAGGAGAAACAUCGCAGCUACAAGGUGGACUCAGACUUUGAAGAGUUCAAAGGUCAGCACAGUCGCCAGUACGAUAGUGAGGGGGAGGAGGCAAAGAGGAAGACUCACUUUAGACACAACCACAGGUAUAUCCACUCGAUGAAUCGUCGUGACCUCCCCUACAAGCUGAGGGUGAACCACCUGACUGACCUGGCUGACGGGGAGAUCUCUCGUAUGAGGGGCUACAGACACACCCCUAACUCCCCUCGGGGCACACUCUACAAGCCCUCCAUUAGUGACGUCCCACAGUACUACAACUGGAGACUCAGAGGAGCGGUGACCCCAGUCAAGGACCAGGGUAUCUGUGGCAGUUGCUGGAGUUUUGGAACCACUGGUACACUGGAGGGAUCCUACUUCAUUAAGAAUGGGAUGAAAGGACUCCGCCCACUCAGCGAGCAAGCUCUCGUCGAUUGCUCCUGGGGAUACGACAACUUUGGUUGUGACGGAGGCCUCAACGAGAACGCUUACCAGUGGAUUAUAGAUAACGGGUGUCUACCAACAGAGGAGUCGUACGGAGGAGGGAGGUACCUCAUGCAGGACGGGAAAUGUCGGGUCAAUGACACUGGCACGAAAUGCGGAGUACAGAUCUCAAAGUUUUACACCGUGCCCUCAGGCGAUGUGAGUGCCCUGGUGAUGGCUAUUGCAGAGAAUGGGCCCAUUGGAGUUGCCAUUGACGCUAGUCACAAGUCCUUUAGCUUCUAUUCUCAUGGAGUCUACUAUGAACCAGAUUGUGGAAAUAAAUCUGAGAACCUGGACCAUGCCGUCCUUGCCGUGGGUUACGGAACGCUGACCCCUGGUGACCCGGACAGUGAAUACUGGUACGUCAAGAACUCGUGGUCCACUCACUGGGGCAACGAUGGCUACGUGCUCAUGAGCAGGAAGAACAACAACUGUGGGGUCGCCACUGACGCUACCUACGCUGAUGUCAAACUAUAAUUAUGAACCAGCUAUAAUAAUUAUUAGAAAAAUUAUAGUUUUUGUCCUCCUCUGAACUGUUCUCAUGAUUAUGUUUAACUCAA